UUGGUCAUUUGGUGUGUUAAUGUGGGAGAUCUUCACGUUAGGAGGAUCACCCUACCCAGGAAUCCCAGUGGAGGAACUUUUUAAGCUGCUUAAAGAAGGGCACCGUAUGGAUAAACCUGCCAACUGCACCAAUGAACUCUAUAUGAUGAUGAGAGAUUGCUGGCAUGCUGUGCCUUCACAGAGACCGACUUUCAAACAGUUGGUAGAAGACUUGGAUCGGAUUCUCACUCUCACAACUAAUGAGGAGUAUCUGGACCUCAGUGGACCUCUUGAACAGUAUUCACCUAGUUACCCUGACACAAGGAGUUCGUGUUCUUCAGGUGAUGACUCUGUUUUUUCUCCCGAUCCAAUGCCUUAUGAACCUUGUCUUCCCAAGUACCAACACAUGAAUGGAAGUGUUAAAACAUGA